AUGGCCCCAUCCCCCUGGUUGUCCCACCUCACCGCAUUGUGGUCAUGGAUCUGGAGCAAUCUGGCUGUUGCUGAACGGUUGACAGCUUUUGCAAAUAGCGCGAACCGUUUCCAGGCCGUCCACCGGCAACGCAUACAGGAGAUCGAGGUGGCGUUGACACCGGCCAGCGGGAGGCCGCAAGCAGGCCAUCCAGUCGCUGGUCGAGACCCUCUCCCGACACCGGGCCCUGAUUCGACCAACACCAGUUACGAGGGAAUUGCGAUGGCCAGUAUCAACCGUGCCAACAUCGGCCUCGACCGCGCCGAGCCACAUGCGGAUAUGUUCAGCCAGUAUGAGGAAGCGGACCCCUGCAACCCGCUCGUUCUGAUGCCACUGCCUGCUCUCAAGGGCAUUCGAGUGCCUGAUGCUCCGACCGACUCCAUCCCCAAAAAGAAGUCGGCCAAGGGCCAAAAGACUGGAUGCAAGCCGCCGGUCGGUCCGAAGAGGGAGCGGAGCCCGGGUUCGCCGCCCCCGAAGGCUCCCCUACGGGGCCUCACACCCACCGAGCGUGUCCGUGUGCAUCGUCAACGCAAGGCGUCCGGCUACUUCCACGAGCACAACGACAUUCUGCCGGUUAACGAGGAC